AUGGUGCGCGUGCUGAAUGUCAAGGUACCUGCGAUUGUGUCUAGCAAGCCAAGUGCAGGCAGGAAUCAGAGUGAGUUGAAAGGAGCUGUAAAGCGUCUGAGCAGGAAUGACAAGAUGUUCACGGACCUGACUUUAGCAUGGGCACUGAUAGCGGACGACGGCUGUAGACAGUUGUCUACAAGCCUCAUCUUCAACACAGUGCUCACUCGGCUGGACCUUCACUACAACGACAUAACUCAGAUUGGCGCGACGUCGUUGGCUCAGAUGCUGAAAAGGAAUUUCACUCUUGUCACUCUUGACUUGAGCUACAACAGUGUGGGGGACGCUGGAGCAGAAGCCAUCCUGAGGGGUCUGAAAGAAAACACAUCGUUGACCAGUUUACAAUUGACAAACAACGGGGUUUCUCACUCAGUCCGUCAAGCCAUUGACGAGUGUCUUGAAGAAAGAAGUUCGAGGAAUACUACGACCGACAUGAAACAGAAGGAGGUGAAGGCGGUAAAGAUCGUCGCUAAAAACGACAGGUUUCAGGAAGCUUUUCUUGCUGCUCCGGUCGCGCGUCGCAAGGCUCCUCUUGCAAAGAACAAGUACAGCUUCGACCUUUGUGCUUGA